AGAGCCCGCCCCUAGCCUAUAUGACUUCCACCAGCGCACGUUGCUUUUCAAUGUCACAACGACUGAAUAGCAGCUCUUCUAAACUGUGGCUUUGACAAUAUUAAGACAUGUCGUAUACUAAGUUCUUAGCGCCUUUAUUUAGAGGCAAUAUCAAUAAAGUGCGCAUUACGCCUGGUAAGUAUCGAUCAACCGUGGCAUCCACCAAGCCAAAGGAGGAAAAGGAGCAGCACAUAGAUGGAUGCACCGUGAUUGAGGCAGAACCAGUGGAGUUGAUAUCUCAAACGACAACUUUAAAUAAACCACGAGCCCAUAAGAUUCAGAUAGAUUUCGAUAACACAGAGGAAGCCUACAAGAGCAAGAAUAAUGUGGAGUUGCUAAGGAGUUUGUUGGUAUUCAAGCUCUGUACUUUUGAUUUCCUUGUUGAGAGGAAUAAAGAGUUGAUAGACCUUAGUAGAAGAGUGCUUGGCCAGAGGCUGUUUGAAAUGAUGAUGAAAAUGACCUUUUACGGACAGUUUGUGGCUGGUGAAGAUCACAACUCCAUCAAACCAUUGGUCCAUAAGAAUGAAGCUUUUGGUGUAGGAGCAGUUUUGGACUAUAGUGUGGAAGAGGACCUGACACAAGAAGAGGCAGAGAAGAAGGAGAUGGACUCUUGUGUUUCUGAAGCUGAAAAGGAAAGUCCAGAUGAUGGACUUCGGGAAAAGAAAUACAAAGCUCAUCGACAGUUUGGAGACAGACGUGGAGGAGUCAUAAGUGCUCGCACUUACUUCUAUGCAGAUGAGGCAAAGUGUGACAAACAAAUGGAGACAUUUAUAAACUGUAUCAAAGCAUCUGGAGGGGCUUCUGCUGAUGGAUUUUCAGCUAUCAAAAUGACAGCACUUGGACGGCCACAGUUUCUUCUCCAGUUUUCUGAAGUACUUGUGAAAUGGCGGCGUUUUUUUAAUCUCCUUGCAGCACAACAGGGUAAAUCCGAAAUGAUGGUUUUGGAUCAAAAACUAGAACUGGAACAGCUAAAAGAGAACCUAGCUGAGAUGGGCGUUGGAGCCAAAGAUGAAAUAGAGCAUUGGUUCACUGGAGAGAGACUGGGUCUCUCAGGAACAAUUGAUCUUCUAGAUUGGAACAGUUUGAUUAAUGACACUACAAAAAUCUCCAACCUUCUUAUGGUGCCAAACCUCAAGACAAGUCAUCUUGAGCCUUUGUUGAAAAAGUUUACUGCUGAGGAGGAGCAGCAGAUGAAAAGGAUGCUUCAGAGAAUGGAUAUUUUAGCCAAGCACGCAAUGGAAAAUGGGGUCCGGCUCAUGGUGGAUGCAGAGCAGACCUAUUUUCAGCCAGCAAUCAGCCGUCUGACCCUGGAAAUGCAGAGGAAGUUCAAUAGAGAGAAACCGAUCAUAUUCAACACCUACCAAUGUUACCUUAAGGAAGCCUAUGAUAACGUCACUAUGGAUGUUGAGCUGUCACGCAGAGAAGGAUGGUACUUUGGAGCCAAACUUGUUCGUGGAGCUUAUAUGUAUCAAGAGAGAGCCAGGGCCGCAGAGAUUGGAUAUGAAGACCCAAUAAACCCAGAUUAUGAGGCAACAAACAGAAUGUAUCAUAGAUGUUUGGAGUAUGUGCUGGAAGAAAUUGAACGCAGCAGAACAGCCAAUGUCAUGGUUGCGACACACAAUGAGGACACUAUUAAAUUCACUUUAGAAAUGAUGAAUGACAUGGCCCUUUCACCCACUGAGAAUAAAGUUUACUUUGGACAGCUGCUCGGCAUGUGUGACCAGAUCAGCUUCCCUCUAGGUCAGGCUGGUUUCCCAGUUUACAAAUACGUUCCAUAUGGCCCAGUCAAUGAAGUCAUACCCUACCUGUCUCGCCGUGCACAAGAGAACCGCGGCUUCAUGAAGGGUUCUCAGAGAGAGCGCGCCCUGCUGUGGAAGGAGCUCAAGCGCAGAUUACUCAAUGGACAGAUUAUCUAUACACCUGUAUACUGAGUAACACAGUUAUUACCCUGUACAUCUAUCAUUCCAUUGUCAUGACUUUAACUCCACAAGUUGGUGUCCUUAUGAAAGUAGUGUAGUUUUUCAUUGUUUUAUUUAUGAACAUUUAUGUUUGAAAUGAACAUGUCUUAGAUGGUUUAUGUCACUUAUAAAUCUAGGGUUUAUCAAUGCAACUGUCUCAAACACCCAGUUCACUAUUAUGUAAAUAGCCUGCUUAGGUUGCAAAUGUAUAAAGUAUGUGUGUGUAUAUGUAUGUAUAUAUAUAUAUAUAUAUAUAUAUAUAUAUAUAUAUAUAUAUAUAUAUAUAGACAAACGAUUGUCAUAUUUAAAAGUAGCUGUGAGCCAAAGUGCCUUAUAAUUUUUUGCAAAUGAUUACUGUCUGCACUGCUGAUGCACUCCUUACAGGAAAUUAUUUCUAUGUAGUUUUUAUUGUUAAGAUGUUUUACUGUAUAAAUAUUUGUAUUUACAA